AUGACCUGGAUUACCACCGUGAACGUCCCCAAAGCGCUUCCCGUGUUCGAGAAACACGGUGUUGUGGACUACGUUCUUUUCGACACCCCAGCCACCUUCAUUGAUCCCUUUCCAGAGAACAUGGCAGUCUUGAAACCGAACUGGGAAAUCGCGGGCUAG